UUUGUUCACAUGGAGGUGAUUAAUCGGCAGCGAGUAUAUAAAGAGCUGUGUGUUUCAAACUCUUCAUCUCAUCAGCCAUGGACAAAAGUGUGCUGCUGGUCCUGUUCUGUCUGCAGGUGUUCCUGCUCAUCACAGCCUUCACUUCUGCUGAUGCAGCCACUCUGGGGGUGGAUGACCGGCGACAGCAGUCUCCUAAUCGUCCUAAUCCGGGAGGAAGUUUGGUCGAAUUAAAAGAGAGAGGACGACCAGAUGAACGCAGAUUUCCCGGCUGCUUGAGGAAGGACGGUGGAUGUUCAAUCUUUGGAAAAGUAAAACCAAAGGAUCAACCGACACCAAACCCUAAACUGCUGUCUCUGUUCCAAAAAAUGAAGGAAAUCCAACAACUCCUUUCAGAGAACUGAAGACGGACAUGAAAAACCUGCAUCUUCUCUUCAAGAAAGCUUCUCUCUUUUGCUUUGCCGUUUACCAUCUUGGUGACAAUUAUCAAUCUUUACAAAAACAAUACUCCUCCUUUACUCCUGUGCUAAAGAAAAAAAAUUUACCAAAAUUGAGCCUAAUAUAAAAUAAAAGCCUAAAAAUAAAAGGUUAAUCCAGCCAUGGCUACUCUAAAUCAUGUUUGAGGCUACUGUAGCUUGUUAGCUAUUACAGAAACAGGACAGAAGAAUUGGAGAAUGAAACUAACACCACAUUGAUUAUUAAGAUUUGCAGUUUUCUGAUAUUUGGUUAAAAAUCUGCUCAGUAAAUGUUUUAGUUUUGUAUUUACAGAUGCUCUGAUAAAUUGCCUACAGAUGUCUUCUACUAUUAGGAUGGAUUAUUAGGUAAUAUUUCACUCCAAGUGCUGUUGAUUAUAAAGUUGUUUGCUAACGAAAUAAAGUUUUUGAAAUAAGAACAACCAA